GUCGGCUACAGUCUGUCAAACGGCGGGGUCCUUUUGGGUCCUUCCUUCUUCCAGCCCUGCUGGCCGCCUGACAGAAACGGGCUGCGCCGGGAACCAAAAACGCUCAAAUUUAGCAACAUCUCUUCGAAACAGAGCAGCUGCUGGACUCGAUGAUGGGCAGCAGGACGAGCGCGAUCGCUGCGGGCGUUUGCGGGGCUCUGUUUGUCGGUUACUGCAUCUAUUUUGAUAGAAAACGGCGGAGUGACCCCAACUUCAAGAACAGGCUGCAGGAACGGAGAAGAAAACAGAAAGCGGCCAAAGAGCGGGCGGGACUGUCAAAGCUUCCAGACCUGAAGGACGCAGAGGCGGUGCAGAAGUUUUUUCUGGAGGAGAUCCAGCUGGGGGAGGAGCUGCUGGCUCAGGGAGACUACGAGAAAGGAGUGGAUCACCUGACCAACGCCAUCGCGGUGUGCGGUCAGCCUCAGCAGCUGCUGCAGGUGCUGCAGCAGACUCUGCCUCCUCCCGUCUUCCAGAUGCUGCUCACCAAACUGCCCAGCAUCAGUCAGCGCAUCGUGAGCGCACAGAGCCUGAGCGAGGAUGAUAUAGAAUAAGGAAGCGGAUCGUCCUGCUUGUCCUCCUCUUCCUCACGUGCACCUUCUUCCAUCCUAAACAGCCUGCCAGCCCGGUGACUCCACUGCUCCGGCCAUCACUUCCCACCAGGACGGAACAAAGGGAUUUAGAUUUUUAUGCUGUCAGUGUCGGUUAUUUUAAACAUUACAUACCCGUUUUGGGGUAUCAGGAAAAAAAAUCAUGCGUUUAAUUUGAUGUUCACGCACGCAGACGUUUGGAAACGGCAGGAAGGCGUUUAUAACUGGACUCCCUCCCUCAGGGUGGGAGUAGGAAACAUCCUGAAUGCAACGUUCUGAAGGAUUUACUCAGCCUGACAUGUUUGUUCCAACCGUCUACACCACGAUAUCAACUGUUGUGCCGCAGAAACCGAUUCAUCCGGAUACUUUGAGUAUUUAUUAUCAGUUAUUGUUACGUUCAACUUGAAAACGCUUUUUUAAAGUGAUUUAAAAAAAAAAUAAAAGGUUACGUUCAGUCAAAAAAAAGAUGACCCUUCUGGGGAAAAUAAAACCUUCAAAAAGUC